ACCCAGCGCGCUGCCACGUGUCCGGCGCAGACCCCGGCUGCCUCGGGGGGACACGGGGCUGUCCCGGCGGAGGCGUCGGAGCUGCUCUCCCUGUGCUCCAGCUGCUUGUCGGGGAAGAGCCUCUGCGGUCAGCCAAGGGGAGCCCAUCUCAGAGCAGCGGGACAGAGCUGUCGUCUCCCUCUGCAGUCAGCAGGUCUGGCAGGAUGACUGGCUGCCGGGUGAUUGCCCUCCUCCUGCUGUCCUUCCUUCCCGGUGCUGCAGCUGGAGGCCUGCUUCCUGCCCUCGUUCCCCAGUCCACCCUGCAGCUCGGCAGAGCUCGCUUCUCGGCGCAGCCCGUCCUGGAGCUGACAACACGCUGCGAUGAUGCAUGCGCCCAGCGGGAGGCUGCUUUGGCCCCCCAGGAUUUGCAGGAGCACCUUUCUUACGAGACCCUGUACGCCAACGGCACCCGCACCCUCACCACGGUGGAGCUGAGCCCCCGGGGGGGCGGCACGGAGAAGAGGCGGCAGAGGUGGCGCAGGCGGCGCAAGCGGCAGAUUUACGGCACGGACGGGCGGUUUUCCAUCAGCGGGCCCCACUUCUUGCUGGACUACCCCUUCUCCGCCACCGUCAAGAUCUCCACAGGGUGCACGGGGGUGCUCGUGUCCGAGCGGCACGUCCUCACAGCUGCCCACUGCAUCCACGACGGCAAAGACUACGUGAAGGGGGCCAGGAAGAUCAAGGUGGGCUUCCUGACGCCGCUGCAGGGCACUGGCAACAGGACGGGGCCGGGGGGGCUGGCGAUGCGCUGGGCUCGCGUGCGGCGCACGCAGGUGCCCAAGGGUUGGAUUCGGAGCCCCAACUCGGUCAGCAUGGACUAUGACUACGCCCUGCUGGAGCUGCGCAGGCCACACCAGCGCCCCUACAUGAAGCUGGCGGUGGCUCCAGCGGCGGAGGAGAUGGCUGGGAAGAGGAUUCAUUUUUCGGGGUUUGACAGCGACCGGCCAGGUGAGCUGGUCUACCGCUUCUGUGGGGUGGAGGAUGAGACAGCACACCUCAUCUACCAGCACUGCGAUGCCCGGCCCGGUGCCUCCGGCUCUGGGGUGUACGGCAAGGUGUGGGACCCCGUCCGGCACAAGUGGGAGAGGAAGGUGGUCGGGGUCUUCUCUGGGCACCAGUGGCUCGAGGUGGCCGGGGAGCAGCAUGACUAUAACGUUGCUGUUCGCCUGACGGCUCCGAAGUUUGCUCAAAUUUGUUACUGGAUCAAAGGGGACUAUAAAAGCUGCCAGAACGAAUAACUGCAGCCUUCCUUUUCCCCUCCCCAGUGCAGAAGGCUUUGAGCGUGGUGUUGCAGAGCAAAUGCACGGCUGAGGAGCACGAGGAGGAGCAGCAUCUCCUGCCAAAACUGCUGCACCACUGAACUUCACUUUGUUCUCUGUCCUGGAGGAACGAGGUCCCUGCACAUCACAAGGGAUCCAGUGGAGACUCACUGAGCCUGAAGGGUGCGUAAGCUCCUUUGGUUGGUGCUGGUGGGAACUCGGCAUCGGGUUCUUUGCACAAAGAGCUCGGCUGGCAGUCAGGACAGCGGCCUCUGCCUCGAGCCGUUAACCACUUGGAGGCAGCCACAGGCCUGUGCUCAGCUGCACCGAGUUUCUCUUGGGUCUCACCAGGUCUCUGUUUGUGGGCUGGCACUGCCCAGCUUGGCACUGCCCCAGCUCUGUGAGGACAAAGGAUUUUUUCUUCUAACAGCGUCUUUGUGUGCCGAUGAAAGGUGCCUGAAAGGGAACCCUGCAGCCUGAGGCUUCUGGGCACGCUGUCAGCAAGGAGCCUGGCCAGGACAGGAGGGGCUGCUCCAGCGUGCUGGUGGAAGCAGCACGUGAUGGCACUCUUGGAAAGGAAACCUCUUCCAACCCCUGCAGCGUGGUACCACGUGGGUACUGCCACGCCACAGCACGGGCUGAGAUCUGGGAGCCCCCAUUUACUUGUAAACCUUCUCAUCUCUCUUUGGUUCUCUUUGGGAUGCCUUUAGGAGGAAGGGACCCUGGCAUUUACUGCAGCUGUAGUAUUUGAGGUGGAUUAUUUUAUGCAAAUACGUGUAUUUGAAUAAAAGGCAGCACAAAUCUCUUUGCAAAGGUUACGUUGAAAGGAGAGUGGUGCACAACUUGCCAACCCUGCUUUGGGACUUGUGAAAGCAUGGCAAUGCUCUCCCUUCAGACCAAAGCCAGCAGGACAGGUGGAGCUGGGUAGAGCUGAAAUUGCAGGAUCUUGCAAAAAUAGGGACAGAAAUGCCUCCCACAGUCAUAACCCAGGCACCUGACCAAACAGCUUCCCACAUGCUCUGUCAGAUCCACAGGAAUGAUAUGUCCAACAGGCCCUACCAGGCUCUCCCAGGAGCAAAGCAAGAGUUUGUUUUAUGUGUCCCUACCUCACAUACACAAGAUUCUGUUGCUAAUCCAAGUUUCAUGGCAGAUUUCCCUCCCUGUCUUCCUCACAGAUUCCCUUUUGCUUGCUGUGUUUGCCCAAGCAAUUCUUCUAUGUAAUCCAUAACCUCCAGAAGGGACUUUGUGCUGAUGCUGCUUUGCCAGGCUGGACAGAUGACAAACUGAGCUUGUUUUUUGCUCUUGUGUCAACGUCCCCUCCUUUUCACUGUAUGUCAGGGCAGCCUGCAUCGCAGGCUUGUCAACUCUGUCAUUCCUCAGGUCUGCUGAGGUCUAAACGUGCAGUUCCUUCAGGA